AUGUUGCUCAAGGGGGUCUUGCCUCUUGCUCUUUUGGCUACGCCUUGCAUCGUCGCCAAUCCAAUUUGUUCACAGUACCAGGAGUGCAAUAGCGGUGAUAAAGUAAAACUACAAUAUCGGUUCUGCCUCACGACCGAAGAUGGCGACUCCUGGUUGGACUACGAAGUGAAGGAUACGAUUACAUACUGGGAAAAGUUGAAGCAAUGGAAGCCCUUUCAUCAAAAUGGGUCGUAUAAAUAUGUCCUAACAGUCACCUUUAACGACAAGAGACUUAAUAAUAUCACCGAUUUCACAGCGUACAGAAGCUUCCGUGAAAGCUUUGUUCCAGUAGCUCCCGUGGCCGGCAAGCAAAAGGUCACCGGUGAAUUCGCCAUUGAGUUUGGUGACACUCCGUUACGAUCAUGCCAGCUGAAUGCUGAGUUCUAA